AUAUAAAACCCUAACUUGCCGGACACAAAUAAACCUCCCCGCCCUCUUCUUUUGCGCCUUGCAUAAGUGAUCUUUUCCAUCUGUCUCCAAAUGAUCUUACUCAGCAGCUGUAAAAAUCAUUAGGGUAUUCUUCAGAGAUAUUGUGCUCCAAGAUUUCAUGACCAAUGCUAGGGCUGAAGAUAUCUUGUCCUCCCAGAAUGGGACCUUCAUGCAGAAGAAGAACAAGAAGCACAAGAAAGUCGAGGAGAGCAACGAUAUGCAAGAAGAAGAAUCAUGAAUUGACCGACCAAGAAACUCCUAGUAAAGUCUCAAAUAGUCCUUUGAAUCUUGAUGGCAUAGAUUUUGGAAUGAUUGAUGCUUCUAACAGCCCCUGUGCUACUCCAAAAGCUGAGAAAUUUCGAAUACCAGAGAUAACUACUUGUCCUCCUGCACCAAAGAAAAGGCGAGUGCUUAAAAGGUGUUCUUCUCUACGAAGAAAUCCAAUAGCUUUCUUUGCUCCACCAGAUUUAGAGCUCUUCUUUUUCGUCUCACUUCGUGAUUUUUCAGCUUGAAGGAUGAGUAGUACCGUAAUCAAUAGAGUAAGCAGAUCAUGACAUUAGCUUCAAACUUGAUACCUUUAUUAUGCCUUGGCAUAUGCUUUCAUGUCAUUUUGACUCUCUUUUUUGGGGGUUGGGAAUCUUAUAUUCAAAUGGCUGAGUGAGAAUUGUGUUUUUGAGUGAUUUUUGGAAGUUUUCAAUUUUUUUGACUAGCUUAGGAAUUCUCUCUCUCUCUCUCUUUCUUUUAUGUACAUUCUUCCUUUUGUGCUGGUUGUUAUAAGUUUAAGUGCACUAAUGAGGGAAUGUCUUUCCUUUUUCCUUUUACUCUGUGUUUGACAAUGUAUUUCUCACAUGACUAGUUAUGAAUGAAAGAGUACAAUCUGUAGGCGUUUGCUG